AUGACGGAAUGCGGCAGUGAGAAGAUGGCGGAAGAGGAGCGGAGUGCCAGUGCUGAGAAACUGAAGGAGAAGGCGAAUAACUACUUUAAAGAGAAGGACUAUGAGAACGCGAUCAAGUAUUACACAGAAGCGGUGGAGUUGAACCCGACCAAUGCCAUCUACUACAGUAACAGAAGUCUGGCGUACCUGCGGACGGAGUGUUAUGGAUACGCGUUGGCGGACGCAACUCAAGCCCUGGACCUGGACAAGAACUACAUCAAGGGCUACUACCGGCGGGCCACCUCUAACAUGGCCCUCGGCAAGUUCAAAGCAGCACUUAAAGAUUACGAGACGGUAGUGAGAGUGCGGCCCAAUGACAAAGAUGCCAAGAUGAAGUAUCAGGAAUGCAAUAAGAUUGUAAAGCAGAAGGCGUUUGAACGAGCUAUCGCCAGCGAUGAGCUCAAACGAUCCGUGGUCGACUCCUUAGAUAUAGAGAGCAUGAUGAUUGAGGAUGAUUAUACUGGACCUAAACUUGAAGAUGGGAAGGUCACACUGAAGUUCAUGAAAGAAUUAAUGGAGUGGUUCAAAGACCAGAAGAAACUGCACAGAAAGUGUGCUUACCAGAUGUUGAUUCAAGUAAAAGAAGUUUUAUCCAAACUUCCAAGCCUUGUUGAAAUUACUUUAAAAGAGACAGAGAAAAUAACAAUCUGUGGGGACACACAUGGCCAAUACUACGAUCUUCUAAAUAUCUUCGAGUUGAAUGGUUUGCCAUCUCCAACUAAUCCAUAUCUGUUCAAUGGUGAUUUCGUGGACCGUGGCUCUUUCUCUGUAGAAGUCAUUCUCGUACUCUUCGGCUUCAAGCUGCUCUAUCCAGAACACUUCCACCUGCUGCGGGGGAACCACGAGACCGAUAACAUGAAUCAGAUGUACGGAUUUGAGGGCGAGGUGAAAGCGAAGUACACCGCUCAGAUGUUCCAGCUAUUCAGUGAGGUCUUCCAGUGGCUUCCUCUCACACAGUGCAUCAACAACAAAGUCUUGGUGAUGCAUGGAGGACUGUUUAGUGAGGAUGGUGUGACUUUAGAUGACAUUAGAAAGAUUGUCAGGAACCGACAGCCUCCAGACUCUGGUCCGAUGUGUGAUCUGCUGUGGUCGGAUCCUCAGCCGCAGAAUGGGCGCUCCAUCAGUAAACGGGGUGUGAGCUGUCAGUUCGGGCCCGAUGUCACAGAGCGAUUUCUGGAACAGAAUAAACUGCAGUAUAUAGUGCGCAGUCAUGAGGUCAAAGCCGAGGGUUAUGAGGUCACUCACUCAGGGAAGUGCAUCACCGUUUUCUCAGCGCCAAACUACUGUGACCAGAUGGGUAACAAAGGAGCUUACAUUCACCUCAGGGGAUCAGACCUCAAGCCAGAGUUCCACCAGUUUAAUGCUGUGCCUCAUCCAAAUGUCAAGCCGAUGGCAUAUGCUAACUCUCUCAUGCAGCUGGGGAUGAUGUAGUUGCUUCACUGUCAAGUCCACACCAAUCCCUCCACAUUCACUCACACACACACACACAUUCUACUCAUUUCUGUGUCGAACAAACUAUUUCUUCCUCUUAUACAUGCACACCAUUUUACAGUAUUCAACAUACCUGUGGCUCUGAUGAUUUCUUCCUGAAGCACGUACAGAUCAUAUGUUGACAAUGCCUUGACCUCAAAAAAGGAAAUAGGAAUGUCAGUUUCCACUUGCCCACUAAUGGAUCUCCCCCUCGUCAUUCAUGAUAGAGCUGAACAGAUUAUAUGUUUAGCAGUAUUAUACAGGAGCUGAUUUGUACCAAAGAAUGUGCAAAUAUACCUAUAUAUGACAAACCCCAAAGUAAAAGUGUUGAUGUAGAAUUGGAUUAAAAAUAGAGUUUAAAAAUAGUGAUCAGCACUUUUACUUUAAAGGAUUAGUUCACCCAUCUCAUCAUUUACUCGCCCUCAUGCCAUCCCAGAUGUGUAUGAAUUUCUUUCUUCUGUGGAACACAAACAAGGAUUUGCAUAAGAAUAUCUCAGUUCUGUUGGUCCAUACAAUGCAAGUUAAUGGUGACCAGCACUUUGAAACCCAAAGAAGUACAUAAAGGUAGCAUAAAAGUAAUCCAUAAAACUCCAGUGGUAAAAUCCAUAUCUUCAAAAGCGAUGUGAUUGGUGUGGGUGAGAAACAAAUCAAUAUUUAAAUCACCACUUUCACAUUCUUCUUUGGUUUUUGGCCAGUCUCUAUAUUUGUGCAUAUCGCCACCUACUGGGCAGGGUGGAGAAUUUAUAGUAAAAAGGACUUCAAAAUUGAACUGUUUCUAACCCACACCUAUCAUAUCUCUUCUGAAGACAUGGAUUUAACCACUUGAGUUGUAUGGAUGACUUUAUGCUGCCUUUGUGCCUGUUGACUUUGUAUGGACCUACAGAGCUGAAAUAUUCUUGUAAAAAUCUUAAUUUGUGUUCAGCAGAGGUAAGAAAGUCAUACACAUCUGGGAUGGCAUGACCAUUAGUAAAUAAUGAGAGAAUUUUCUACUUAGCACCCCACACACACACACACAAAGUCGCCACCUUUCUUUUACAUCUGAUGCCCAAUGUUGUGAAGUUUGGAGGAAGAAAUGUCAUUUUAAUACUGUAGCAGUGAAAGUGUUUUACGUGUCAUAUCAAAAACAUUACAAACCAGUUCUCUUUUUUAAAGAAAUGCAGUUUUCCAAUUUUCACAAGCUCCACAUGGAAACAUUACCUUUAGUAUCUAUCUUGCUGUCAAACUUUCUGUUUGUCACAUGAACCUGAUAAGUGUCACUCAUGUUCAAACUUUAGAUAUCUGUAUGACUUUAGUAAAUGACGUCAAACACUCUUUCGGCUUUCUUUCCCUCUCAGCAUGGGGAAAGUACAGUAUUGUGAAGCUAUGUAACCAUAUAGCGUAGUCCUUCACGCCUUUCUCCCAACAUGCUUGACUGAAAUGCACUGGAGAUUCUGUACAACCCUUGUACCUUCCACUGUAUGUUUGUCUAGCGGAUCCCUUGUCCUUUGUGUGGACUCAAAUUAUGACAGCAGAACUCUUUAAAUGCACAGCAGCCAUCUCCCAUGCCCAUUACUUUUUAGAGAAUAUUAUAUGCACCAAUGUGUAUGUGUAUAUAUAUAUAUACUGUAUCAUUCAAUUUUCAGUGUACAUGUUUGGGGGAAAAAGUUCUUGAAUAAAAAAGACGCCAGUCCGAUAAUCUGAAAUGUGGUCAUAUCUUUAAUUGUGGAUGAUAUUUUAGUUUUAUUUCGUUUACUUGAGUUGCACCAGCAGUAACAGGUUUGUAUCAUCAGCGUUGGCUGCAGCUGAUAAGAAUGUUUAAAUAAUUAAGGACUGAAUGAUAAAAUAUGCAGUUUUAUAUUUCUCAGUAAUGCACAGUAGGCAUCAUGUCUGGCAGACUGUUUUAAAUAAAAAUUGAA